AUCAGUCAGAAUGGGUAAACAUAAAUAGAGCCAAGAUAAGAUUAUGAUAAACAAAUCGUGCUAUAUGAUUUUACUCGACUAGAACAAGAAGUGAAUGUCUUAAAUUAUUUGACGUUAUUUAGGUAAGAUUUAAAUAAGCCAUAUAACAUUCCAAAGAAUUCUAAGCCAGCCGAAUUAAUAUACAUAAGUUAAACAAUUUUUACUACUUAUUUACAUAAUUUUUGUAAUAUGUAUUCUUCGUUAACAAGCAUGGUGGAAUCAGUUCAACUUUACUCAAAAAGUGGUCAUGCAUCUAAUUUUUUAAAACUUCCAUGAGUUAAAUUUAAUUAAAAUACCACAGUUUGAAAGCCAUUAGCUAUAAGCCAUUUCCAGUGUCACAAAAACUGUCUGUCAAGCAUAGCGACAAGCAAAUUCAGCACGAAAAUGGCGAACUCGAGCGAGUUGCUUUUCGGUUGUCAAACGAGUGUAAACGUUUUCGUUGCCGUUCCAGUAAAAGAGUAAAAAGGGCAAAUUUUAGCACGUUUAUAAAUAAAUAUACGUUUUAAAUUCGUACAAAAUAAUAAUAAUUGGAGAAAAAUGUCUAUUGGCGUACCAAUAAAAGUUCUACAUGAGGCUGAAGGUCAUAUUAUCACAUGUGAGACAAUAACCGGCGAGGUUUACCGGGGCAAACUUAUUGAGGCGGAAGACAACAUGAACUGCCAAAUGACACAAAUCACAGUCACACAUCGUGAUGGACGAACGGCAAACAUGGAGAAUGUGUAUAUUCGAGGUUCAAAAAUCCGUUUCCUUAUACUGCCCGACAUGUUGAAGAAUGCGCCCAUGUUCAAAAAACAAACGGGCAAAGGCUUAGGUGGGACGGCUGGCAGAGGAAAGGCUGCGAUAUUACGCGCGCAAGCAAGAGGAAGAGGACGUGGUGGCCCAGGUGGUGGCGGCAGGGGUGGACCGCCAACAGGAGCACCUGGAGGUGGUCGUGGCGCAUGGCAGGGAGGACCAACGGGUGGAAGAGGACGUGGUGGUCUUUAAAAAAUUAAUUAAGUUCUUUAAAUUAAGAGUGGAUUAAAAUGAAGUUAAUAAUAUAACAUAAAAGUCAUGUUUGCUAUUUAAAGUAUGUGACCAAUAAAACGAAUGUGAAAUCAAA